GAUCGAUCUCCCAAAUCUCAAAUUCGGAACAAAACACAUAAUUUGGUUCGGUCUUCUUCUUCAAUUUUCACCGACACAAACCCGUCUUUUUUCCUCUUCUCUCUCAUUUCUAUCAAUAUUCUAUACAAUUCCCCCCCAGUCGUCGAAGAAGCUACAGCUUGCAAUUUGCUCGUGUUCUCUUCCAUUGUUCCAAGCCUUUCCAUGGCUUCCACGGUUGAUUCCAAUAUCUUCUCAUCCGUCCCAGCUCUUCAGAGUAACCUCGGAAUUUUGUCUCCUGAUCAGAUCGAAUUGGCCAAGAUCUUAUUGGAAAAUGGUCAGAGUCAUCUCUUCCAACAAUGGCCUCAACUUGGCGUUGAUGACAAACAGAAACUAGAUUUUUUCGAUCAGAUUGCUCGCUUAAAUUCAAGCUAUCCUGGGGGUUUAGCGGCGUACAUUAAGACUGCGAAAGAGCUUCUCGCUGAUUCCAAACUAGGGAAGAACCCAUAUGAUGGUUUCUCUCCUUCUGUUCCUUCAGGAGAAAAUCUUACUUUUGGUAAUGAGAACUUCAUCGAAAUGGAAAAAAGAGGUGUCGUCGAAGCUAGGAAUGCUGCUUUUGUUCUUGUUGCUGGUGGUCUUGGCGAGCGUCUUGGUUACAAUGGAAUCAAGGUGGCACUUCCAAGGGAGACAACUACUGGGACAUGCUUCUUGCAGCACUAUAUUGAAUCUAUAUUGGCUCUUCAAGAAGCUAGCAACAAGAUCGCUUCUGAUGGAAGUCAGAGAGACAUUCCUUUCAUUAUUAUGACAUCUGAUGAUACACAUUCACGUACACUGGAGUUAUUAGAGUCAAACUCUUAUUUUGGGAUGAAACCUACUCAAGUUCAUCUUCUAAAACAGGAAAAAGUUGCAUGUCUUGAUGAUAACGAUGCCAGGCUUGCAUUAGACCCUCACAACAAAUACAGUAUCCAGACAAAACCUCAUGGACAUGGCGAUGUACAUUCACUUCUAUAUUCCAGUGGCCUUCUUCAUAAAUGGCUUGAUGCUGGUUUAAAAUGGGUAUUGUUUUUCCAAGAUACAAAUGGACUUCUCUUCAAUGCAAUUCCAGCUUCUUUGGGUGUGAGUGCAACCAAACAGUAUCAUGUCAACUCUCUUGCUGUUCCCCGUAAAGCGAAGGAAGCUAUUGGAGGAAUUACUAAACUUACUCACGUUGAUGGCAGAUCUAUGGUAAUCAAUGUGGAGUACAAUCAACUUGAUCCUCUACUUAGAGCAUCUGGAUUCCCUGAUGGAGAUGUUAACUGUGAGACGGGCUUUUCCCCAUUCCCGGGAAAUAUUAAUCAAUUGAUUCUGGAACUUGGUCCCUACAAAGACGAGUUGCAAAAAACUGGAGGGGCCAUCAAAGAGUUUGUUAAUCCAAAAUACAAGGAUAGCACCAAAACAGCGUUUAAAUCUUCAACUCGUCUAGAGUGUAUGAUGCAAGAUUAUCCAAAGACAUUGCCUCCAACUGCACGAGUUGGAUUCACGGUGAUGGAUAUAUGGCUUGCUUAUGCACCCGUAAAGAAUAAUCCUGAGGAUGCUGCUAAGGUACCAAAGGGAAACCCAUAUCACAGUGCAACUUCUGGAGAAAUGGCGAUUUAUCGUGCUAACAGCCUCAUUCUUCAAAAGGCUGGUGUCAAAAUGGAAGAGCCUGUGAAGCAGGUCUUGAAUGGCCAAGAGGUUGAAGUAUGGUCUCGUAUCACAUGGAAACCCAAAUGGGGAAUGAUCUUCUCUGAUAUCAAAAAGAAAGUCAGCGGGAACUGUGAGGUCUCUCAAAGGUCCACAAUGGCUAUCAAGGGUCGUAAUGUAUUUAUUGAAGAUCUCUCCUUGGAUGGUGCUCUUAUUGUAGAUUCCAUUGAUGAUGCAGAGGUAAAACUUGGAGGUUUGAUAAAGAACAAUGGUUGGACAAUGGAGAGUGUGGAUUACAAGGACACAUCGGUUCCAGAAGAAAUAAGAAUCAGAGGGUUAAAAGGUCCAAAAGUCCCUAACGUCAUGUGGAAGCGAGAAUCGAGCGAGGAAGCAUCAUCACCACCACAGAGUCAUGAGUAUCUGGAAGCUCAGAGAUCCUUGUUGCCCUCUGUUCAGAGCUCCUCUCCUCAUAUGUUCUUGCCCCCUGCCUCUGCUCCGGUGUUCUUGCCCUCUGCCUCUGCACCAAUAGAACCUCUCAAUCUUUCUCAGGUUCUGACGGGAGUUCGGGAACUUGAUCUUGUACCGAACAGAAACUCAUCACAUAGUUAUGAGAAUCCGAUGUUCUUGCCCCCUCCUCCGAUGUUCUUGCCCCAUGCUCCGCUGUUAUAUCCUCUCUCUUCUCUCAAUAGUUGGUCUCGGGCUGAGAGUGGCCGGGCGCAACAAUUUCGGUCUCGGGAGUCGAUUUUUUACCCUUACAAAGAGGAACAAAUACUGUCUAGUGAGGAAGAGCUCUUUGGUAAAGUUGGACUUCAUUGCUACAAUCUUCAACAGGGUACCAACUUACAAUUUGUGUCUUUACAAGAGUUUCAUUCAUGGUUCAGCUCGAUUAUUUCUUACGCUGUAACAUUGGAGGCAGUGGAUCCAAUGCGGCGCAAUUCCAGUUGCCUUUUCGAAACACUGGCUAGGCAUGCGAUUGAGAAUAAAGAUUGCUUGAGUGCAAUUGUAACAAAAUGUAGAAUAAAGCCGCAAAAUAAUCCAGACUCAGAGAAGGGACGCGGCCAUAAUCCCUUUAACAAAGCUCUCGUGGAUGAUUUCUUCAAAGGUGAGAUGCCUAAUUGGUUGCCGAAUGAUGCGCUAACGGGAAAUAAUAAGAUGCAAUACUAUGAGAUGAAAGAUUCAGAGGUGGAAGAAGACAAGGAAUGGCUUCAUCUAUACGCGGAACUCGCCUUGUUGACCUUGCAAGGAUCUGAAUUUAAAACAAUUCAGCCUGUAAAACCGUUGGAGCUGAGAAAGAUAGUUGUAAGUACAAAAGAAGAUGUGGAGUCGAAGAAAAAGGUCAAGGCGGCGAAUGCAAUCUUCUACAUUAGCUUCAAAAACUGUUGCGGUCGAGAUUAUAAUGUUAUCGCAAGGAGAACAACAGAUGGAAUCCCAGAGCAUUUUUCGCUUGAAGUCAAGUGUUGUUGAUCUCAUAAUCGAACAUUUGGUGUUUGCUUUCGAAUGUUAUGUUAUAAUCUCACUACAAGAAAAUAGGGAUAUUGCA